AUGCGAAAGAGGCACGAAGGUCCAGAAACGGAAAGUGUGUGGUGGUCUAGUUAUAACAACUUCUCAGUACCAUGCCAUGCCAUGCGAAAGACGAAGGAAGGUCCAGAUACCGCCAGGUUAACCAAGCCUAGACAGGAACAGUCGAGAUCUAGAGGCUGGCUGCCACCAGAAAGGAGCACGAGGGCUGAGAUAUUACCAAGUUGCCCAAGCAUAGACAGAAGCAGCAAAGAUGCAGAGAUCGGGUUGGAAUCACGCACCUUCCAAUCAGCAUGUGCGUGUUCCAACCACGGAGCUAUCUCGGAUAAUACCAAGAGGACUGAGACAACCUUGAGAAACCGGUCGUGGGCUGCCGAAGAAUUUUCAGCAACCUUAUGA